AUGGAGAAAAACGAAGGAAUAGAGGAGGAAAGUUUUAAGAAGUGUAGAAAAGCAGCGGGAUCACCGAAUAAGAUGAAAGAUGCAGUAAAGGAAGAGGUAGGAAUAUGGUUGAAAGAAAUGGAAGGUAAAUUAGAAGGCUUCAUGAGAGAAAUGGUACAGGAAAUGAAAAAUGAAUCCAAAUUACAGAGAAAAGAAUGGGAUAGAGAAAGAGAAGAGAUGAAAAAGGAAAUAACGCAACGUAAAUCCAGAAUACAAAAACUAAAACAGGAGAAGAGCCAAGUGACAGAAAUGAAGCAUAAAGGAGGAGAGAGUUUUUGGAACAAAGACAAAGACUUCUGGAAAAACUUAGAAAAGUGGGAUGUGAUAGUUUUACUUGAAACUUGGAUAGAAAAAAAAAAAUGGGAGAAGAUAAGAAGACUUUUACCGAGAGGAUACGUAUGGAGCACGCAAUGGGCGACAAGAAAAAACAAAAAAGAAAGAGCGAUGGGAGGUUUGCUGAUGGGGAUCAGAAAAGAAUUAGCAGACACGAACGAUAUGAGUAGGACAGAAAAAGAAAGAAUAAUUGAGGGUAGGAUGAGAGUGGGGAAAGCUAAAUGGAAGAUAAAAAGAGUAUAUGUUAAAGGUAACAUAGAUAGAUAUUUAGAGAACAUGGAAAAUUGGAUGAGAAUUCAGAAGUGGAAAGAACAUAGGAUAAGAGAGGGCAACGUAGAAAGAAAAAAGGACGAAGAGGAAGAGAUAAGCGAGGAAGAGAUUAGAAUUGCUAUAAAGAAAAUCAAAGACGGAAAAGCUACAGGAGUGGAUGGCAUUCCAGGAGAAGCCUGGAAAUACGGAGGGGAUGAAUUGAGAAAAUGGGUAAGGGAUUUCUGUCAAACAAAGUCUGGACAGGGAACGGGUGGCCUAAAGAAUGGACAGAGGGUCUGA